CGUUUCUCUGCAAAAAGACAAGCAAGUAGAUGAAAUAAAUUCAUGAUGCACAUGGUCUGAUGCCGAGCUUCUACUGAACCUCGAUCGUCACUCAGCUCGAAGACCUGAGUAGGAUCGGUUCCUGCUGCAUCUGUGUUGGAACUGCAUCUGCAAACCUUACCUAUUUUCUGCUUGUACCUUUAGAGACCGAACGUUAGGGAUCAUCAGAUUUGGGUGUACUUGAAUUAUAUUAGUUUUGUUCACAUAAAAACAUUUACAGGUCAGAUCUCCAUACGUGCGGUAGAGAAACAAUGGGGAAACAGAACAGCAAACUGGCCCCUGAAGUCAUGGAGGAUCUGGUGAAGAGCACAGAGUUUAAUGAACAUGAACUGAAACAGUGGUACAAGGGAUUUCUGAAAGACUGUCCCACCGGCAGGCUCAACCUGGAUGAGUUUCAGCAGUUGUAUGUAAAGUUUUUCCCAUAUGGUGACGCCUCUAAGUUUGCCCAACAUGCCUUCAGAACCUUUGAUAAGAAUGCAGAUGGGACCAUUGACUUCAGAGAGUUUAUCUGUGCACUGUCUAUCACAUCACGGGGGAGCUUUGAACAGAAGCUGAACUGGGCUUUUAACAUGUACGAUUUGGACGGGGAUGGAAAAAUUACAAGAGUGGAAAUGCUAGAGAUUAUUGAGGCCAUUUACAAAAUGGUGGGCACUGUCAUCAUGAUGAAAAUGAAUGAGGAUGGCCUGACGCCUGAGCAGCGGGUAGACAGGAUUUUCAGUAAGAUGGAUAAGAACAACGACGAUCAGAUCACGCUGGAUGAGUUCAAAGAAGCUGCAAAGAGUGAUCCAUCCAUUGUAUUACUGCUUCAGUGUGACAUUCAGAAAUGAGCCAACGUCAAUGCAUUAUGGACUGCACAACAAGUUAAAUGUUCCAUUCAGUUUGCAGCUAUUUCCUCAAAAAAAAUUGCUUGGACUACCUUUAAAUGGACUCGCUUCUUGUGUUUGAAACAUGUGUGCAUGAGAAUGUCAUUAAAGAAUUGUAAUAUAUAUAUAUAUAUAUAUAUAUAUAUAUAUAUAUAUAUAUAUAUAUAUAUAUAUAUAUAUAUAUAUAUAUAUAUAUUAACAAAUACUGCCAAAUGUGAAGUACGCAAAGUUAUUUCUAUCUUUUCCCUCUGAAGCUUGUGCAUCAGUAAUGUGCUGCGUUGAAUUAUGCUACUAUUUAUUGUUCUUGUUUACUGAUGCUAGCUAUGAGUUUCAUAUACUGAGUAAUGUUAAUGAAACUUAAUUCCCGUGGUAAUGUCUAGUAAACCAUUUAUCCAUUCUUCUAUAAAUUAAAAUUGGGCGGAAAAAGAGAUGGAUUACUGAAUUCAUCAGCCUCCUCCUCUCGAUUGUGCUUGUACUAUUCGUGAAUAUAAAUGUAGUUUAUUUGCAUGCCUUUAGGUUUUGCCCUAAUACUUUCCUCAUUUGCAUCCUUUAAAAUCAAAACAAGACUAAGCCUCAUCAAAGAAACGUAGUGCUGAGCCAAUAGGAACUCAACUUUCAUUGCAGUAGGUCCUUCAGUAAAUACUGUAUUGUUGUUUAGGAUGCAUAUUUGUGAUUUGUUUAACCAUUAUUUAAUACUUGUGGGAGCAUGUUUCCUUAUUAAAAUAUUGAUAUUGCUAAAUGUAUUGUUGUCUCCAUUUAAAUCUACUUACUUGCAAGAGAAAAAUAACAGCAUAAUCCCAAUACCAGCAGUCUAGGGCAAAGAAUGACAACCAAUUUUAAAACAAUCACCUUUUUAAAGACCCAGCAUAUGUAUGGGCAUCAGACUGUGAUGACAAAUAACACAUAUUAAUUCCUAUAGAACAUUAAGCACCAAUAUAUUAUAUAUUUUAUAAAUAACACAUUGGGGAACAAUGCAUUUGAACAAUAUUUAUUAUAGAAAAAACAAUAUAAAUGGAAAAAAACCACCUGCACAUUUGCCUAAAGAAUGAUCCUAUACAGGUUGUUUGUAUCAAAAUGUAAAUGGUGUCAUGCUGUAUUCCAUCUUAACUACUGCUGUACAGAAAAAGAGGGGAACCUGGUUGUGCCAAAGGGUGACUGUGAAGAGUAGAAAUGGUUCUCUCUUUUCCUUAGUCGGUCUUGCAUCAGUUUCAAAUGUGUAAAAAGAAACAAAAACAAAUUGUACAAAAAGAUUAGCUUGUGAACAAUCCUUACUUUCAUUGAAUUUGUUUGCUAGAAAACAAGUUCCAAUCUUAAUUUGUUUGUUAUUGAAGUGGUGCUUCUUACCAUGGCGUGCCACAAUCUGAUUUCAUUUUUAUCAUUCAUUUUUUUAUCCCCCCCCCCCCCCCCCCCACACACAUUGUAUAUAAUCCCUUGUCUUCAAAGAUGCAGUAUUCCACAUGCAAAGCCCAGAGGCUGCGCAUCAUAAUGAAGUAUUCGAGCAAUACAAUCUUGAAACAAAUACAUUGGGCAUCGAGGGAGGGCUCUUAUAUUUUAUGUAUAACUUUAAACACAAUAAUAUGGUUCUAAAAAGCUUAUAUAUAUAUAUAUAUAUAUAUAUAUAUAUAUAUAUAUAUAUAUAUACACACACACUUUUUUAUGGGUAUACUAUCUUUGAAGAGUAAAUGACUUAAAGGAUUGAUAUUCAACCUCCACCUGAAUUAGAAUGUGUUGUUAAUGUGAUUUGUAACAGCUCGGUAAAUUAUAGGAUACUGCAUCAAUAAGACUAAACCAUAAGCUUCCUAAGUGAGGCCCAGCCAGUUUAUACAAUCAACACUUCACACAAAUAUCUUUUCCCAGCAAAUGUUUGUAUUGAACAUGACAAUGAAUUGUUAUCAAAUGCCAAAUUCAAACAGAGCAAAUAUUCAAAAUUGUAAAGGAUAUUUUUUUCCCCAUGUAGUAGCAUGUGUUGUACCCCUUAAUGACAUUGGCUGCACUAAUCCAAUCCCUGUGUUGUGGUUUAAAAUAAUAAAACAUCUAUGGGCUGUU